CGAAUUUCGGUCAUAAUGACAGAGUAAAAGUUUCUGUGGAAUUUUGGGGAGAGCCCAGGCAUGUUCUGACAGGGAAGUGAGAAUCCUCUCCAAUAUUUUAUAUGAUUUUUAGAACAAAACGAAUCGUAUCACGAUAAUUUCAACAAAAACAAGUAAUUGAAUGAGUUUGUUGUUCUCUAAACGUGAAUGUUUUAGGUUUCCAUCAUUUUGUGAGUGAGUUGACAGCUUUCGAGAGAGUUCAACUGAAGUAAUUGAUAUUAAUUUUAAUAUUAUGGAUAAUUAAUGGAAAUUGCUACAACUGGGUGCAUAAAACAGAAUUAGAAUAAUAUUUAUUAUCUCAAUUGUCUUUUGAAAGCCCAUUUAAACUCAAAAUAAUAGUUAAAUAUUAAUAAUUGGGUAUUCACCUAUACGUGCCCCCAAUACUUUAUACGUAUUAUGAUGUACACUUUAGUAAACUUAAAUUCUACAUUUAAGUACUCUAAGUUCUUCUUCGUGGACCUCUAAUGUUACAAUAAUUUAGGUUUUAAUAUCUUCAUGUCAAAAUUCUUUGAGGAAGGCCCUUCAGUAGGAAUACAUGCACAGUAAUUAAGCAAAAUCAGCAAUAAUUUUUAGUAUUGUCGUUAUCACUAGGAUGACAACAAGGAACUCAUUUAAAAACAAAGUGAAGAAACCUUUGGAAACAACAUUGGGAAAGGCACCAAUACAAUGUUUAAAGGAGGAAUCUUUCGAGGACCUGUCUCACAUUCGAAAACCAAUUGAUACAAGCAUUUUUGGCUUAGGACAGGUGCUUUCGUUAAUCCAUACGGCUACAGAUGAGGUAAAAAAUUACAUCACUUACGAAUGUAAUAUUUUGUACGAGUGCAAGGUGUGUCGCUCAAUUUUUCGCAGUUUAGCAAAUUUUAUUUUGCACAAAAGAAAGUAUUGCCAAGAAAAGUAUUCCAUUUUCCAAAAUUACAAAGCCAAUGAGACAUACGACGAUUUGAAAUUUUGCGAAAACGACGAAAAUAAUAAGGAUGAUAACAACUCGAAAACAGUUAAAGAAAAACAUUCAAAAUCAUUAUCGAAUGUACUCGAUACUUUGCUUAAUAAACAGCAAAGUGUGUUCUUAACUCAAACUAUUCUUAAUGGUAAUUCGAAUAACGAGUCAGAUUUGCCUGAAAAUUCUGACAAAUGUGGAGUUCUCGUUUUGGAGAAAAUUAAAGGCUGUGAUAAUGCUCUUUUUCAAACGAAAAACGACAAAGGUCAUUUGAACACAGAUUUAAUGAAAUCUGAGGUAAUGGAAAUUCAUAGUAUUUUGGACAACGAUGAGGCGAUAUUGGGCCCCGAUGGUAAAAUAUUAACCACAUCGAGUCAAAAGACUAACAAUUCUCAUUUCCCCAAAAAGGACAUAACGUGUACGAUUUGCAACCAAAAGUUUUCCACCAAGAAAACUCUCAGUUGUCACAUCAAAUACAAGCAUAACAAAAACAGAUUGGUCUACCCGUGCCCCGAGUGCAAAGACACCCUUUCGAACACGUGGUGCGUUUUCCGACAUUUAAUUAAAGUUCAUAGAAAAACUCCUUCCGAAAUAAAAAAAUUACGGGACGUCAUCCACUCUAGCGCGAUCAUCAAGGACCAAGAGACCAAUCUUGCCAAUUCAAAUGACAAAGGGGACGAGAAAUUUAAGAAGGAGGAAACCGAAAGCCAACACAAUCAGCAAUGGAUGGAAGAUUUCGAAAGCGCGAACGAUCUCCAGAUGUGCGGGGGUUGUGGGCGCAGGUUCGAGCGCAAAGCAGCCCUGCACUCGCACUCCCAGAUUUGCCUGAAGCGGAUCGCGCUUUGCAAUUCCAUCAAGGAAAACAGCAGUAAACAUGUGACUGGUGAAGAGGAAAGGAGCUCGAAAGACAAACCAAAAUCGAACCCCAACAACAACAACAACACCACCAGCAGCAGUAGCAGUAGUAGCAGUAGUGCAUCUACGACCACGAUAGCAAAAGGUUCCGAGCGCAGAAAACCUCUCGUACUUCGACGCAACUGUAAAUCGUCUUCGAAAGAUCGAAGCGAUUACUGUGUGAACCACAAGGAUAAAGACGAUGGUGUAAUCACCAUAAGCGACGAUGAACCUGACGAAGACCGUAAAAGAGAGCAGAUAGAAACACAGGUCAAAAAGGAACCGGAAGAAGAUCGUGAUUUGAAGAAGAACGAUAUCGAAGAUUCGAAGACUUUGACCGUGGCGAAUAAGGAGCCGAAAAUGUCCGAACUACCGGUCGAAAUCAUGAAAGAAAUCAAUUCCAAAAUUGCCGAAGUUAUCGACCAUAUCAAACGUAAAAGAUUGUCGGCUGAAGAUUACGAUUCGGGGCCGGAAAUGGCCCUUUCCAAAAACGAACCUACUCCUUCCGGUAGGUCAAUCAAAUUAGAAGAUGACGACUGCGUUAUAAUUGACAACGACGAACAACAACAACAGCAAGAAGACCCUGUGGAUUGUAAAACGGUUUUGGAGGUGAUUUUGGGGCCAUCGUCAGCAACAAAGAAGCCGAAACUAGAAGACCUAAACGCUACAGAUGUCAAUUCUAGCACUCCAUUUACGAAAAAAUGUAAAGAAGAAAACGAAGACGUGUCAUCACCGUCGUCAUCCGAUUCGGACGUGUCUUCACCCCCUUUCGAAGCGUUCAAUAAAUUGGAGAGCGACGACAGUAACGACAGUGCUAGAUCUGCUCCCGAAGGAGACAAAUUAAAGUCGGAAAAACUGAAAGUUAUCGAAGAUAAUUUUUUGUCGUCCAAGAGACCCGUGAGAAGUCGUACUUCAACUUUGCGUAACGAUUUUCUGUAUGACGCGGUGCAAGUUAAAUCGAAAACUAUUCGACAUAAUAGGGAGAUAAGUAUAAACAAUAACAACAACAACAACAAUAAUAAUAAUAAAAAAAAGACACACAAGUGAGCAUCCCCCCGAUUGUCGUGUGUAUUGUAAUGGAAAUAUUUAUUUGUUUAAUAUAUUUUUUACGUACUUACUGACUGAUUAGACAAAUUGUCACAAAGUUACUGUUUCGUUUGCAUUUCUGAUAUUUAAGAAUUAAAUUAUUUAUUUUGUUUAUUUUCGUUUGAUGUUUAGUAUUUA